AGGGCAUUCUGCAGAGGAGAAGGAUAUGAUGUCUCUUUGAGUUCCAUCUUAUCCAGGAGUGGUUUCCUCUCUGCUGUCAGCAUGGCAGUGUCACUUAGAACUGCCUGGUCCAGCCUCUUGUGGAUGCGUUCAGCAGCAGCCUGUAAACAGGCCUCACUGCAGAAUGGUGCUGUGUAUCAUGCUUGUCAUAAAUCUACAUACUCGAUUCUCCCUGAAGACUACAAUUGCAAAGUGGAACUUGCAGUGACAUCAGAUUUGAAGACCAUUGUCUGCUACCACCCUUCGCUUGAGAUUCCUUAUGAGCAUACAGAACCCAUUCCACGCCCAGAUCCAGUGAAUAAUAAAGAAGAAAACCUUGACCAAGUUUUAAAAUCCAGAUUGAGUGAAAAAGAGCUGAAGAACAGUAAAGGUCCUACAAUUGAAGAGCUCAGCAAAAUGUUUUACACAACAAAACAUCGCUGGUAUCCCGUGGGACAGUAUCACAGAAGACGCAGGAAUCCUAAUCCUCCUAAAGACCGAUAAUUAAGACAACUUCUUGUUCAUCACCACUUUGCUGUUAAUCUUUAUUGGAAAUAAAAAGUCCAGAAAGUGAGAUGUUUGGCUAUAACA